UUAAAUGCUCAUAAAUGAUGCUAGGGAAAAACAAAUGGUGGGGGCUGUGAUUCUGUGAGAAAACACUCAAAAAAAAAAAAAAAAAAAAAACAAACAAACAAACAAACAAACAAACAAACAGAGUACAAAUCCAGAGAGGGAUAAAAAGGGUGGGUUAGACUCUCUUAGCAGUACCAGACAGUAGUAGACAGAGACCCCAAAAGCAAGAAAAAGUUUGGAUUUUGCUCUCUUACCCAUUAAAUUCAUCAAAUCCCUUUCAAGGUUUACAAGCAUUUAAACCCUGUGAUUGUGUAAUAAUUCCUCAAGAUCUGUUAUUAAAAGCCAGCAGCUUUGUUGGGUCACAGCUUUUUAAAAAAACAAAGAAGCUCCCUUGUUUGUGUAGAGAGAAAGAGAACAAAGGCAGAAAUAUGGAGGUGGGGCAGAUGCAGAGACAGUGGGUUGACUACACAAAAUCUUUGUUUUUGGAGGGGUUUCUGGAUGGACAGUUUCUACAGCUGCAGCAGCUUCAAGAUGAGAGCAACCCUGAUUUUGUUGUUGAAGUUGUGUAUCUCUUCUUUGAAGAUUCUGAGAAGCUUUUGAAUGAUCUCACUAGAGCUCUUCAUAGUAUGCUUUUUUGGCUUGCUACUUUUGAGUGCUUCAUGAAAGUUUGCUGCUUUUGGGGUUUUCGUUUCCUUUGUAUUUUUUUCCCCCCUUCAUACAGAGAUCAGCCAAGUGUAGACUUCAAAAAAGUGGAUGCUCAUGUUCACCAGUUCAAGGGUAGCAGCUCCAGCAUAGGUGCAUCCAGAGUUAGAAAUGCCUGCAUUGCUUUCCGCAACUUCUGUGAGGAACAGAACAUUGAAGGGUGCCUUGGGUGUCUCCAACAAGUAAAGCAAGAGUAUUAUCUUGUGAAGAAUAAGCUUGAAACUCUGUUCAGGCUUGAGCAACAAAUUGUAGCAGCUGGUGGAUCAAUUCCUAUGACAGAACUAAGUUUCUAAUGCUACAAAAAAAUUUCAGAAAAAAAAAAAAAUGGAGAGGAAGGUGGGGGUUGUGGGGGUUGUGGUGGUUGUAGAGAAGAAACCUGUUACAAGUUCUAGUAGACACCUUUUCUUUGUCUCAUUUGUAGUUCUCUCUCUUUUAACUAAUGAUUAAUGAAUUCUGUGCUUGUAUGAA